AAUCUGGCCUAACUGGACUUUGCAUCUUCAUAAAGAUAGCGCUAUUUGUCUAUUUACGAAUCAUAAUUUUGCGCUUAUGGAAGUUAAUUUUAUAUCUUCGAUGAGCACGACCGAGUAACGGCGGAUAUUUCAAAGUAAGGUACCGCCUGAUUUAUGGUUCUCACGAUUUGGCAUUUUGGGUUUUUGUUUGCGAAAAAAUUUUGAGUUUGUGUGGAAGUGGUGGUGUAUCGGUUGCAAUUUGUUCCAUUCAUUUGAAAGUAAAUUAACGAGUCUUUGUUUCGGUCGGCGGUAGCUCGUUAUUAUCUCAAAACUCACACAUGCAUGUUAUAGAUAAACGACAAUGCGAUUAUUUUACGUGGGAACGGGGAGAUAGUAUCGAACACCUUGCGCUGGAAUCUGUGACCUGUGAAUGGUCCAGUUGUCAAAUCUUUGAGAACGAUCUGACCACUGCUCUCCUCACCCAACUCACCUCUUUCUUCCAUUGUGAAAGAAAACCGUUUCUCCGAUUUCGUCCCGAAAUGAAAUUGUAAUCUCGCAAUUUCUCCGGUGCGCAUUAUGAGCAGCGGCGUUUCUAAUGAGUCGUAAUUUUGCGCGCGGAAAGUAAAUUCAUUUGCUCGGAUCAUUUUUCAUUUGUAAACAUGUCGAAUUCGGAGGUAUUGGGGCAAACAGGAGUCUAUUGUGUGAGUCAAAGGGUUGAGCGAAAUUCCCACACAGCACCCACAUCUGCUCAGGCCUCAAUGUUAUCUGGACAUCGAAAGAGAUCAAAGAAGCGAGAGAUGAAAACGCGAUUACGCUUUUUUCGAACUUUUAUUAACCGACUUUGCUAAUUAAAUUGACAGAGCCGGGAACCAGAGGCGAUGCUGCUUUCCAGCCAAUGAAAAAAUAUCAUUUUUGUCAGUUCGUCAGGAUUUGUUUGCAGACCGCACACAAUGCAGACAAUGCGCACUUGACAUCAAUUAAAGUGGACAUCAUCGGGUUUUUAAGCUCGAUGGAUAUGCAAAUGUCGGAUUUGAGAUUCAGGAAAAAGAGACAACGGAUGCUGCAUGUAAAUAAGUUGCAAGUUUUGUGUUUUGUUGUGUAAUUUCGUGGCCUAUUAAGCAAUUCAAUCUUGGAAUCGGCGGUGCAUCUGCAUAUUAAAAAUAAUCGGCACACGUGGGGCGAGUUGAAGGACCUAUACUUUAAAUAUUCUAAAGUUGUCGAUCCACCCUCGUCCGAUCAGGCAGUUAGUUAAGGGAAUUUUAAUGUGUUUGUUCACGAACAAGACGCAUUUGGCUGACUUUGGUAAGACGAAAAAUAUUGGACAGGGCCAGAAAAGGGGGACUAUUUUUAACUAGCCCGAAAUAAGCACCGUCUUAAUUGAAGCUAAAACUCAACUUUAGAACAUGCUUUAUUGCCGGUGUCGCGAUGUUAACAAACGCAACUGACUCAGUAGUAGCUUAAGAUAUCGAUCUCUGAUCCGCGAUUUUGAUCUAAUUGACGACCGGGAGAAUAGUCGCUGGAUAAAUCUUAUAUUCGAUGAGAAUAGGCUUAGAUAUGCCUUGUUUAGAUCGUACGAGGACCGAACAAAUUUACAAGCAAAUUGUGUGAUGGUUUCAUGCCUUUAUUCAGAACAAAUGCCCGUAUAUUCCCUCGCGAAAAUAAUUAACUACAUGUUUGGACGCUGAAUGUAAACGCAUUGAUACCAGAAAAUUCCGAACGCGGAUAUACUCAAAUUAAAACUUUACAACAAAAACACAUUCAAAACAGCGAAAAACAUGCCACACGCUACACCCUUUCAGAGUUCAUUAAAAAACGUGGUCACCAUUUGUAAAUUAAUGAAAACAGAUCUGCAGGGUUAAUUAAACUAUUUUUAGCUAGCUGUGUACCUACAGACUGGUCGGAAGUUAAUGCACCUCAAAUCGUCUAUGAUUUUUUAGUAAUCUUUAUUUCAAAGGGCAGGAGAGCAUGUUGGACGUGCCAAUUGCUUGGGCUUUUGUCUGUGGGUAAAUAAUUAUCGCACCGUGUAAUAUUCGCGUCCUCCCAACUAUGGACAUAGCUAUUUUCGAGCGCCAUAAUUCAUUCCGUCGACUUUGAUAUACGAACAAUUAGGAUGCGUGAUUUAUAGAUAACGCGACCUCUAACGGUAGCUGUUGUGCCAUGUAAACAUGCUUUGAGCAAGGUGUUGUAAAUGUGGAAAUCGUAAGACUCCCACGCUCUAGAUGAACCACCGACCAUAAGAAAGGGUCAGAUGCAUUCAGCACUUGUCGGAGGACAAUGGUCAGCAGCAACCUGCCCAUAAUGUCCCAUUAUACGUCAAUACGGGUCCCAUUCAGCGAUGUUUACCGUCUCUAUUCACGUCGUUUUGCCAUCAAACCGUCGGCUUGAUUCCAGCAAUUUGGCCCCCUAACGGUUUCUGGCCCUUUUUUCGCUAUUCCCUCAAGGUCUGAUAAUUUGGAAACCGAUAUCGAAAAUUACCAUCAAUUUUUGCAACCUCGACCGGAUUCCUUUGUUGGGUCCCUCCCCGGGUUAUUUUUUUAAGGGUCUAUCCCCACCUUACCCCAUCUGCACCCUUGAUCUUACUACCUGUAUCAGUUCGCGACCAGCAUCCACUGCAGUACCAGUGCCCCAGUGCCACAUGUAUCAUGACGGUUGAACUACUUUUAAAAAUGAAACUCUUUUGGAAGUAUUUCAUAGCAGACGCAGACGGGGCGGGCACAGACACCCACCAGGACAUCCUGACUUGCGGCGUGUGCCAGAAGCCUUUCGCCCUCUCCGACAUCGUCCGCUUCAUCCAGCACAAAGUAGCGUCUUGCAACAAAGAAAACUUCGGACAAUGUUUCGCCGCCACCGACCGAGAACGAGACAACGACGACGGGGCACUGCCCCUUUCCACCAUCAACACCCGCCGGCCGAGCAUCUCGGCCCCCAUCUCGGGGAAAAAGGCGUCUGGGAACAGGGUGCACACUCCGCCGCCAGCCUCCCCCAGACUGCCGGCACCUGGCGAUCUGUGCGUCGACGGCGCCGCCUCCUCCACCCCCAAGCGGAGGGCCUCGGCGUCGCCGCUCACCUCCUCCAGUAUGGAGGACGGCGAGGACAUCAAGCCCGACAUCAAGCAGGAGCGGAUGGACACCACGGAGGAAAGCAGCCAGUGCAAGAAAUCGCGGACGGAGUUCGCAGACGCCGAGUCCAACACUACUCAUAGUGAACCGAGUAACUACGUUUGUUCAACGUGCAAAGCGAGGCUGCACUCGGCCUGGCGCCUAAUCCAGCACGUCCAGCACUCCCAUGGAAUCAAAAUCUACAUCGAAAGCUCCCCCACCAGCAGCAAGAACAACAACCACAGUACGAGCAGUGCUAGUAGUAGCUCGUCGGGAUGCUCCUCUGGCGGGCCUCCGCCGCCGCCCAGUAUGCGCCACCACUUGCUGCCGCCCCCCGACUUGCACAACCCCUUUGGUGUUGGCGGUUUGCUGCGGUUACCGCUCCCGCCACUUAACCACGGUCCAGUUCCUCCAGCGCCGCUUUUUUCCCGCCCGGAACACCACUACCGCAUCGAUCAACUCGUUAGCGAACAGUUCCGACACCAUGGCUUGAAUCUGGCGGCGGCAGCGGCGGCGGUGGCCGCCCAAGGCGUCCCUCCCCCACAUGCGAGUUUUCCAUCACCUGCAGAACGGGCACCUUCUGCGUCUAGUGUUCCGUCAAGGGAACGCAGCACGCCCAACCAACCCCUUUCAUUAGAACCACAACUGGAUUUUUACUCGCAGCGGUUGAGGCAACUCGCUGGUACAACCAGUCCGGGAGCGGCUCAGGCGAGCUCGCCGUCUCCACGGAAGCACUCACCGCCAUUCGCCAGUCCCUCGCCAUCGCAGCUGCCACCCACGAGUAUACCAAACAACAUCAGCAGCAGUAGCAGCAGCAGCAAUAACAACAACAACAAUAACAAUAGUAGCAAUAGUGGCGGAAGUAGAGCCACGAGUACGUCACCUCCAGCCAAAGAUGAUAACACACAACUAACAGCAACUCCAAGGUCGGCUUCAACUCCACCAGGAAAACCCGGAUCUCCUCGAAAUUCAAACUCAGGAGAAGCAGUACAUGCGUGCGAGUACUGUGGCAAGAAAUUCAGGUACCAGAAUAAUUUAGACGCCCAUCGAAGAACACAUACAGGGGAAUUACCGUACAAAUGCACGGUUUGUGAUCAUGCAUGUGCUCAAAGUUCAAAACUUAAACGCCACAUGAAAAUACAUCGAACACCAGAAGAUCGUACUAGCAAUGCCGGUUCUGUUGAAACACUUGAUGGCGAUGAAAGUGAAGAAGAUGACGAAGUGGAUGAAGAAGAAGAGGAAGAAGACGAGUUGGAGGAGGAAGAAGCUGAAGAUUUAUCUGUUCCUACACAAAUACCUCCAAAAAACGCCAACCAAUCGGCUUCACUAGUCGGGGAAUUGAUGGAUAAGUUCGGUUUAAGCAACAUCGCGCAAUACAGUGAAGCUUACAAGCAAGCGCUUCAAGAAUCAAACUCGGCCCUUAAACUCCAACUCGCGAGUAAAGACCGCGAUAACAACAACAGCACCAGCUUGACCAACCAACUGAAACUUCGCGACGAGUUCGCCAAAAGCCUCCUUCCCGGUCCUCCCCCUCAGCCAUUGCCUCUGUUCCCGCCGUUCAACGAUACGUACGAAGCCACCAAACGGCUGAAACUCGACUUGGAGCGCAGCGACUGGUGGCUGCCGGGCUUGCCGCGCGAAAACAAGGGCCUCCCCGGCCCCAGUGCCCUCCUCCCUAACCCCCUAAUCAAAAAAGAUACGAACAGACGGAACGAUACUUGUGAGUUCUGUGGCAAAGUGUUUAAGAACUGUUCGAAUUUGACGGUGCACCGGCGCUCGCACACGGGCGAAAAGCCGUACAAGUGCGAGCUGUGUUCGUACGCUUGUGCGCAAAGUUCGAAAUUGACGCGGCAUAUGAAAACGCACGGUCGGAUCGGGAAGGACGUCUACCGGUGCAGGUUUUGCGAGAUGCCGUUUUCGGUGCCGUCGACGCUAGAGAAACACAUGCGGAAGUGUGUGGUGAACCAGGGGAAGGGUCACUUGCUGUCGACGAUGCCCAUGCUGAGCGGAGACGAGGACUCGUCAGCGAGCAUCGCCUCCAAGGAGGCAACAUGACUCUUUCCGUGGGGCGGCAUGAGGCUCCCGCCGCCGCCGCCCAGUCUUACGUACUAGUCGCCACGAACUCUUAGGGAAUUGUGAUCAGUGACGGACACUGGAGGGCAUCGGGAGAUCCCACGCGUGGGGUCUCCCGAUGACGACUAGCUGUGUAUAGUAUUGCGACGAGACGGCCCUUUUCGAGCGAAGGGCCGGAUCGACGAUUGUUCGAUGUAACCGAUACCAAAGCAAUGUUUAACUUUCGUAAUUAUUAUUGAUUAUUGAGUUUAUUAUUGAUUCAUGUAUAUUUGUAAUAAUUAGGUUGUAGGUUGUUGUUUGAGACUGAGGGCCCUGGAUAGCGUGACGUGACGCUUCAGGCCGUCUUGGGCCCACUGUACAUUCCCGAUCAUAUCAUUUUUGAUGGCCAGUAGCCUUGACUGUACAUAACAGUAUUUAUUGCCGUGUACUAGACCCACUAUACUGUACAAAAUGUCUCUCAUUAAAUUAUUUCCACUUAAUGUAUAGUAUUAUCAUUGUAUAGAUUCAUGUUUUUCAAAGUUACUCUUUAAUGUUGGUGUUAGACAAAUCGAGAAAUUUGCCCCUGUAUGUCAACAGGGUCGUCUUAUAGAUUUAAUUCAGGGUCAGAUUAAUCUAUAGGAGCAUAUCCGCAUUUUUCUUUUACGAUUAUUCCUACCGAGACAACCAUCCUAUUCCGCAAAAACAAUCCAACAAAAAAGAAUGUGAUGGCUGAUCUUCAUUUUGUAAUGCAAUACUAGUAAUAACAGUGGACCAGGGUCUGUUCUUGUAGUAUUUGCCGCAAUGCCGGAUUCAAUUCAAUGUAACUGUAACUAUUAAUGUUAAUAAUAUGUUAUUUCGAAUAUUUUUAUUUAUUUCAACGAUAUGGCUGUAGCACUACGGUGUUCGUAUGGGCUGCACUACACUUAAUAUAAUCGUGUUCCUAUACUGAACUCCCAUUUCAGUGUGUAUUAAAUUAAAUCUAUUACAAUAUUGAA